AUGGAAAAUAGCACUUUAAAAGAUGUGAAGAUACUGCAUCCAACAUUCUUUUUUAAAUUGUCACCAUUACAAAUUGACCAAUUUGAACCAGAAGAAUGGGCUAAUGAAACUGUAAUAUCGUUAUUGGAAAAAACACAUUUAAGUUAUCCAGCUGCUAAACAGAUAUUUAAUAAAAUUGCUAGUGAUCGUCUAUCGAAAAAACAUAUAAAUGGAUAUUAUGAAUGGUCAUCUGAUGACUUGCGACAUCUUCCAUUGAUAUACACUCAACCAGCCACUUCAUUCUUGAAGUUUUGUAUUACUCCGCCAAGUAUUCAAUCAUUUAUUGCUGUUGAUUCUUAUAUGCUGACUAAUAGACAAGCUUUUUAUUUGAGUGGUUGUAGUAGUAUGUUGUCAUUUCCUUCAAAUGAUCCAAAACUUUUACUUGAUUUGAAAUAUAUGAUUAAAGCAGUUCCAGUUUCUAGUCUAUUAAAUAUUGAUGAUGGUAAUAUAAACUAUCCAGUUAUAUCUCACUUGGUAUCCCUAGUUGAUGAUCAUAACUUGCCAAUGGCUAUUUAUCUUUUGAAUAUAGCAAACCCAGUAAAACAAACCUGCUUCAUUAAAGAAAUGCUGAAGAAUAAACACAAUAUAAUGUUUGAUCAGUUAGCCCCUUUGGAUGUACCUGGUCCUAUAUUUGAUGUCCUCAAACAAUUAUACUCAAAUUAUACUGAUAGAAUAGACGAAUUACCAAAGCAUAUACUGAAUGUAAUAUUAGAAGACAAUGAAUUACUUGUAAAAUGGACUGGUAAUGAUUCAGCAGUAAUUAAAGGUCUUUACAAUGGAUAUACGUGUAAUUUCAUAAGAAGAUUAAAUAGUGUACAAUUCAUUAUAUUAAUAUCAGACUUUAAUGCAUACCUAAAACGAACAGGAAAAGUUUUUCCUAAAAACUUGCAAGUUUGUGUUGCCGAAGCAUUUAAUAAUUAUCUCAAGUUAAAAACAAAAUUAACAGCAGAUGGUACCAUCGAUUUAUUUUUAGAAGCAUGGGAAGUUGAAGCAGUGGGAGGAUUUGUCUUGACAACUCUUCCUGUUGAUGUCAUUCUAAAUUCAAAUUUGAAGGAUAAUAUAUUGUAUUCCAUUGGACAAUUAAGUUUACCUGAACUAAUGAUUGCAUCUCAACCUCAAAAACUGUCAUUAAUGGUUGACCAAUAUAUCACUAAUACUCUAGGAAAUAGGUCUACCUUAAGUUUUGAGCAUUUACAUACACUCGGAAAUCUAAUCCAUUUUAUUCCUACAACCUAUUUGAGUGUAGUGGAUGAACAAGCAUUUAAAUUCAUGGUAGAAACUGGUUUAAUUGAUACCAGAAUGUGUGUUGAUUCAAUAGCAAAAGAAAAAUGGGCUGAUUUAUUAAUAAAAGCAUUUGGAAAUGUUGAAAAUUGGUCGAGUGAUACUUUAGUAACAUUGUCUGAUCUUCUUAUUGUAUUAAACAAGGAUCAAUUAAAUGCUAUACCAGAUAUGUCACGUUUAAACUCUUCCGAUAUUAUACUAACUAGGUACGCUGAUGAAAUUGAAUUUUUACCGAAUAAUAUUCCAUUUUAUAAGGGUUGCAUAUUAAUUUUGGGUGAUCAGUAUAAGGAUUUUACUAAUUCUUUAUCAACUCUAAUUAAUUUCUACUUAACUUCAAUGCAGAUUCAAUUACAAAUGAUCAGUCCAAUCAAUUAUAACCUAAACGGUCAAAGUGAAAAAGUUAUAAUGUCGUCAGAAGCCAAAGCAAAAAUGUACAAACCAAAUGUUUUAAUUUCAUUACCAAAGUCUGAUGAAUUAAAUAAAUUAUCAGCAAAAACCAGUAUGUUUAACAAAUUUUUUGGUGGUAAAGAGAAACAAGAUAUUAAUGAAUCAACAUUAAUCUUAGAAGUUAGAAAUUCUACUACUUCAAGUCCUAUAUCUUCAACAUUAAAUUCCUCAAAAUACAACCAAAGCUUAAAAAAUAUAGAAAAUGAUCAGUAUACUGAAAAACCAUUUGACCUGACAUUUAUACCAUUAAUUAGUACUACUAAUAAUUAUAGUAAAAUGUCAAAUAUUAGAAACAAUACUGAUUACCAAAAAAAAUUAACAAUAGAUGAUUCUAAAUUGAUUAUCAAUGCUCUUAAUUUACAACAUGUUGCAGAAAAUAGAAAAAAGUUUCAUGAUGAUUUUAAUACUGAAGCCUACAAUAUUACUUCAAACCAAUCUCUUUUAUCAGAAAUUGAUGAAAUAUCAACAAUGAGAAAUGGCAAAUCAUACAAAAAUUAUGGCCAACAAAAAAAAAGAUCUUUAAAACUAUUUUUUGAUACUGAAGUGCUAAUUAGUUGUGAAGCAUUGAAAAUGUUAGGACCGUCUUCAGUUACUUCCCUCCAGUUUGACUCUAUUGUCCACUCUAUGAGUGAUGAGGAAUUGGAGAACUGUAUUGAUUUGUUGGGUUCAUUUGACAUCAACCCUGAAUUAGCUAGACACAUUUGGUCUAGAACUAAAGAAAAGGCUGCUUUACACACAUAUGGUUCUGUUUUGUCGGGAUUAUCGGUAAAUGAUAUAAAGAUACUAGACUUGAACAUUGAUAGACCUUGGUCAUUGGAAUUGAUACAUUUACUUUCUAAAUAUGUAAAAACUGAUAAAAUUCUUGAGGAGAUAAAAAAACAAUUUUUAACAAAAUCAAAAGCAAUUAUGCCUUCGCAUUUAUGGGGAUCAUUUGGUUCAUUGAUAUGUAAAUUACCACCUCAUUAUUCCAAAUUAAUUAUGCCUAAUAAAGAAUUAUUCUGGAAAACAAGCUCAGCUUUCAAUACCAUAACAUCUUGUGAUAUGUCUUGUAUAAAUAAUUUAGCAUCAAUAGCAGUGUCUGUUAUUGGACAAUCAAAUUCUUGGAAAACUGCCGAAGUAGAGCGUAUGGGAAUUAUUCUCUCUGGAAUUAACAUCACUCAAUGGAAACUGUUAUUAAACUUUAAUCCAGAAGCAUUAGAAGGACUUUCUUCAAAUACUGUCAAAUGUCUCAAUGAACAACAAAUCAAGUUAAUGGAUGGAUCCCAUAUGAAAUAUUUAACACCCAAAUCUGCAAAUGCAUUACUAGAAAAUCAUUCUGCAUUCUUAGAUUUUCAAACAAAAGAUACACUAUUACAAUUAGUGAACUUCGAAAUUAAAGUGAAUAAUAGUAUUAAUGUUUUUGAAAGUACAAAUUAUUCCAAUGAAAUGCAAGCACAUUCUAAAGCUCCUGUAAUACAUGUGUUAUCUUUUUCGAUUUUAUUUGCUAUCAUUGUAGUAUUUUUCUUAAAUAAUACUAUUUAA